AGUUCAAUAACGUGACUUGAUUUUACCGUUAUCGUGAUUUUUUUGUUUCGGAUUGUUCUAAUUCGUUUCCACAGCGAGAAUAUUCGAGUGUUUAAUUUGCAAAUUCAUAGAGUUCAUUUCGAUUUAUGAAAUUCUUUCUGAGUUCCCAGUCAAUUUGCUGAAGAUUCGAAAAAACCGAUGACAAAAUUCACUUGAAUUAUUAUAUGUGUGUGCAUGUUGCUUGAAAUAAAUGCGGUUCUUUCAAGAUUGGCUUGUUCAUUGGCGAUUGUCGGGCGGCAAUUGCUGCAAAGUCCACGGCAUACUCGGUCGAUGAUGCAAAGUGUUUGCGUGCUGCAUUUUACAAAAUAGGAGGCGCAUACCUAUAACUAAAGCAUAUGAUUUUUUUCUCUUCUGUGGCGAGCGCGAAACCAUGCGGUUUUGAGUCAAUGUAUUUUUUUUUCCUCCCGUCCGUUGCGAAUGUGUGUUAGAAGUCAAACGUGAUGCUUGAGACAUUGCACGCCGUGGAAUAGAAUUAAGUAAUCGCAUGGCAUUUCGAUGCAAAAAAAGAGAAGAAACUUUUUUUUUCAAUUUAUGGACAAGAAAUUCACACAGCCGCUCGUUGCUGUUGGGUAUUUCAGACGUUGUGUGCGAGUAGGAGCUGCUAUUUGCACAAAUACCUGUCUCGAUUUUAUUGAAUUUUUUUCUCAUAUUUUUUUUCUGCUUUUCUUUUUCAUCGUCAGAAACGAGUCUUUGCGUCUCUGCGUCUGUAUCACCGAGAGAUAGAUAGAUAGAUAAACGCUCGUAGCAUUUGCUGUGGCUGUGUUUCAAUGAAUAACAAAAACUUUGCACCAAAUGCAUAAAAGUAAUGACAAAAACGAGCGCAUGGAAUGAGUUAGAGAAAAGUUGCCAGGGGUUCCGUAAUCUUUGCACAGACUUGCAAUGAUCACGAUGAAUGGAUCUUUUGUAAUUCCGUUGAAAAUGAACGGUUUUCAAUUUAGCGAUUCGAAUUGUGUAGCCAUAUCAUAACGUUCCGAAUCGUAAACUACCUUUUUUUUCGUGGCGCUCCGUAAUUUGUAAUACAGCUCGGACCGGGUGGUUUCUCAUCAAAGAAGUACAAUGUGUUGUUUUGUGUUUUUUUUCGCGUGUCUUUUUUUUAAUCGCCUGGUUUUGCAUUCCAAUUGUGUACUUCGCGUAUGGUUUUUGUUUUCUUCAUCUUUGGAAACCGGCAAUUAUUUUGGACACCGCAAUAUUAACGGUCCGAAACUGCCUAAAAGGAAUGCAACUGUGCAUGCUAUGAAUUCUUAAUUUGUGUGUUUAGCAAAGACGCAAGACAAUGGAAUAAAAUUAGCGCUACAUUUUAUUCAAUUUGUUGGACAAUAAAAGAAAAGAGAAAGAACCGCAGCCACAGCAGCAGCAGCAACAGCACCCACAGUAAUAACAACCAUUAUUUUUGCGAUCAUUUUUUUAUUAUUACAAACACGCAAGACAAUGCAGCGAUUAAUUCAAAUGAUGAUUUUUUGUUAGUAGUUUGCUUUAUUCAUGUUUUCUUUAGACACAGUGGCGAAGGUUAAUUGCCUGCCUCAUGCAUUUGUACGUCCCUGUUUCAACACCAAUCCGUUUUACGGUGCUGUGGUCGCUGCAUUUUUGUUGUUAUUAUGCAUAUUGACGUUUAAAUAUGCGCAUGUAUUUCUGUACAUACUUGUGUAGUAAAACAACGAGGCAAGGUAGAAUGCACAUGCCGCAUGGGUUUGCUCAGUAAAUUGUGCGCGAAUAUUUUCGCGUAAUUUUUCGUGACUUGUGUGUUUGGGUCGCAUGUCAUGAUCGACAUCACCUGUUACAGGGCCAAAGUACUUAUUAUGCUUAUUUGAAAGCGCGUUUCAAUGAAAUUUGACAGGUAAAAUGACACUAAAUUUGCCUGUUUUCGAUGCGCCUACAAAAACUAAAUGACUAUGUAGUUACAUUUCAAUGCUGCUAAUAGGUUCUACAGACAAAAUAUCCCAUACUCGACACAUGCUCGUAUUCGUUUGAAUUGCAAAAGGAAAAACGAAAAUCGCGAUUUUCAAAUACGUGUGCUAAUUAUUUGCGCAUACAUUAUCUCCAUCAAACCAAAUAAUAUGUAGGAAAAAAAACAUCGCGCGAAGAAUUUGUAAAAAUAGUAGUUUUCCUUCCAUUUAUUUAUUUAUUUAAAGAGACGGUUAUAUUCUGUGCCAUCGACUGUGCAACAAAAACAGGCGAUUCGAUUGAGUAGACAUCAUGCUCAAAUACUGAUAGUUGUUUUAUGUCAAGCGAUAUCAUUGACUUUGAUUUGCGUUCAUCCAUAUCGCUGCCACUAUAACCGAACACGCGCCAGACUCUAUCACGAACAAAAUAAAACGCCCUGCAAUAUAUUAAUGUCGAUUAAAUCGGCGAAAAUUCAUCCAAGUGAAAAAAAAUAGUUAGCAAUACGAAAAAAAAAAAUGAAAGUAAAAAAACAGACAAAAUAAAUAAAGACAAACAGGUAUUGAACGGAGGAGAUCGGUAGCUCAACGGCGUAAUAUUGAGAGGCGUGAGAGUGUGAAUGUUUAGUAUAACCGAAAAAAAGCCAUUCAAGUUUUCACAGUUCGAGAAAGAUUUUGUAUUUGCCGUUUGUAGUUCAUGGCCAACAUUCGUCAAGGUCAGGAAUACCACGCAUGCGCUACGGCACACCGAUACGGUUUAAGCGGUGUUUGUAUUAUCAUAUUCAAUUGUAUCGUCUUUUCUUCUUCAGUCAUUGUCAUUGCUUUGUUUCGUUUUCUAUUAUAUUUCGUAUGCUUAAAUGGAUGUAGCAUGUUUUCAAUGAGUUUUAUGCAAAGCUUAUGAUAAUCGGUGGCUGCUUUGAAUUUAACCGCCAAAUUAAUUACGGAUGGUGAUGAUCUUGGGUUUAAUAUGCCCAAAAAUGCACAUAUCAGCUGUUGUUUUAUUCGCAUGUUUAUCUUCUGGCAAAAUAAAACAGUUUCGUUUUGUUUUUCAGACAAACAAAACCGAUGAAUUCGUGAAAACAUCGUUUGGUUUUGUCUUUUUGUUCAUUCAUCUGGACACGCGGGCGACAUUUCAUUAAAGUCAAAUUUUUACACAACAGUGUAAUGAUAGCAAUAGAAUGAAAAUAAAUCAAUUUUGUUUUUUUUGCCAUUGUCAGUUGCCGAGGUUGAAUUUGGUUUUUGUUUUGCCCACCUCUUAUAUUUGAAAACAUUGAAAAAUGGUUCAAAUUCCAAACCCAUACGAAAUUUUUGUUUUUGAACCAUAAAAUUAGAAUAUAAAUACACGCACAUUUGGUGUGAAUUUGAAAAGGAAUGGCAUUCACUGCCUAGAGAAAAAAACGCUGAGCAAAAAAAACACCCAGAUGAGCAAAUAAGCGAAAGGAAGAAAAUUUAAAGUUGUGUAAUACUGACACGUAUAUAUUUAGUUCAAAAAGAAUCCAUUCACAAACGGGUCAGCAAUAAAAGUGGCUAUCUUAUUUCCAUUCUCAAGGUAAAUGGCUUCCAGUCUGAUUUCGGUCAUAUUUGUACAUUCUCAUUCAGAAAUGGUACGAUCUAUACUGCUUUGUAUUCACCAUAUCUCCUUGCGAUCAUUUCGUAUUACUUUUUCCAAGAUAUGCAUGUAUAAAAAAACAUCAGUCCCUCGAGCCCAGUAGGUCUGCUGUUUUUUUCUUCCUUCAUUUUUGCAUCAUACCAAUCAGUGGCAAUUACUAUACCAUGGUGUUAAAUUUUUUUUUCGGCUAACGUAUAGCGAAACCUCCAUACCAACGUAAUAUUUGCCAAUCACUAUAUUCGCCGAACUCGGUCUCUAUAAUUUCGAUAGACGCCGAUUUGUGCAAUAGACUUGGUAUUCAAUGGGUUUUUGAUUCAUUUCGAAUUCGAGGGCAAUCAAAACAAAAGAAAAUCUACAAAUGAAAAAUUCAAACAUAUCAUAGAAAUUAAAAAUGAAAACAUCGGCGAAGGUGCGAAUUGAAACGUACAAUUCUUCGGAAAAAAAAUUAGCUAUAAAAGACGAAGAUGUUGCGAAAUUUAAUUGACGUCGUCAUACACGUAAUGGACAUGCCGUUAUAACAUAAUUUUUUUUUCUCUUUCGUUCAGUGUUUAGUGUCAUUAAAUUGACGAAUUUAAAAUAGUAAAAUCGGUAAAACUCUCUACGACAGCCGAUCCAUUAACGUUUGGUGCUCUUGAUUGAUGAAAUUAUCGUCUUGCCUUUCGGCUACUAACUCACCGUUUAGCCUACAGUUUCAAUUUCGAAAUACGCAUGAGUCUGCACAUUUUGUUUUUGUUCAACAAUUUAAUCGCAACUUUAAUCAGUUUCUACGCAUGAACAAUUAUUAUGAUUUUUUAUGGCGGUUACGAUACUUUUGAAACACUUUGUUCGAGUCAAUUCAUAUAAUUAAUUCCUUUUCAUUUAUUCUUCCGUCAAUGGGAUGAAAUAUGUGUCAUUCAUUUCACAGAGCCGGCCGAUAACAAUGUGCAUGCGAUUGAGUGUCAAUAAAAUAAAAGACGAAAUUGCGUCGCGUCAUUUCAAUUCUUCGCAGAGUUUGUAAUUAAACAUAUCUUACUAACCGUUUGAGCAUUUUAUGACCAUACAAUUCUGGUACGUUCGUGUUUCUUUGAAUAUCUACGUAGGCUUGACAAUCAUUCGAGGUAGGCCUCCGCAUGCGAUAGGCAAAAACGAAAUAACAAUCGCAUGAAGCAAUAGACUAUUUUUGAGGAGACUCGAAUGACUCACAGGUCGAAACGAUCUCAAUAAACACGUUGUUGAUGAAGUUUACUUCAAAAGUUUACUUCAUGCAUUGUAAUAUCGUACGAUUCGGAUAGGUUUGGCCACAGUGAUAAGGGCUUGUUAUCGAUGCUGUUGACUUGCAACAACUCGACAAAUUAUUCCUGGGCCCAGUCUGGUUCAGUUACGAAAGUAAGAUAAAAUAUCGUUUUGAUCGUGCAAUUAAGUGGACGUAUGUUCUUGAACGCCAACUGAAAAAAAAAUAAAGUAUAAGCUAGUGUUUCUUUUGAAAAAUAAGCAUAGCCGAACCUAAAGUGUAUUCGAAUCAGAAGUGCGUCUUGUUUUCAAUACGAAAGUGCCGAAUAAUCUCGUGACAUAAUUCACAAACAAACUAGUGAUAGCACUCGACUAUUGGCACAUAUUGUGACUGGACGGAAGAAACAAAGAUGUCGAACAAAAUGAUAAAGACGUACAAAAAGGAGCUGAAGCUGAGUAAUUGCGGAUUUGAUCACGAUCCUGUGGAUUCAAUGGUGCGUUCACAAUGGCAAUCAAGAUCGAAAAACAAUUUCUAUUUGGUCUACCGAUGGUUGGUUGCAAUAUUUGUGAUUGCUGUGGUGAUUGUAUCGAUGUUCUCGCACGUGGAAAAAUACAGUUUCGGCCUAUUCUUCAUAUAUUUAACGCAUUGGGGCAUCUUAAUCAAUAUGGUGGUCGGUGUAUUUGGUGCCAUUCUCGUGACUGUUUGGCACUUUCACUCAGACUUCAAAGAAAAUGUUCUGAAAAAUAGCGAAAUGCCGACAGCGUUCAAAAUCUACUGGGCUUUGCACAAUAUCGCGUUAAUCACGUCAUUCGCGGUGACGAUAAUUUACUGGAGUAUAUUGCAUAAUGACAAAAUACCGUUAAACGCACCAAACAUCUUAUCACACGCGAUGAACUCGGUUAUCAUGUUUUUGGAUAUACUCAUCGUGGCCUAUCCCCUCCGAUUGUACCAUGUCAUUCAACCGAUUUGCUUUGGUGUUUCGUACGGAAUAUUUUCGUUCAUUUAUUACUUGUGUGGUGGGGUCAACAUACUUGGAAACCCGUACAUUUAUAAUGUCUUGAACUGGAAUGAACCCGGUAAAGCCAUGGUAACCGUCUUUGGCACAUUGAUUUUGGCCAUCAUUGUUCAUGUCACUCUAUUUUGGAUCUACAAAUUGCGUGUUUUCGUACAACGACGAUACUUUAGCACUCAAUUGAUUUUGCCCACCAAAGUGCCGAAACAACAACGACUUAACAGCUCAUUGGGGUCACAGAUUUCAAUGGUAUUCGGUGGUGACGACGGUUGCACAAAUGAUGCAUUUAAAAUAAGCUCCGAAAAAAUGUGUAAAUAGUUUUAGCAUAAGAUAAAUAUAAGUAAUAUAGAGAGCAUAUAGCGCAUGUGACAAUUAGCACGAAAAUGUAAAAACCAGGGAAACUAUUCGCUGUUAGUUGAACUUUGUCAUUCAUUUCGAUUGACAGCAGUAUUAACAUUUAAAUAAACAAAUAUUAUGGCUUAAGGUUUAUGUGUAAUUAGCAUAGGAAUUGUUAUUCUACGAGAUUCUCACUUUUAUUGCCUUCUUUGAACAAUGAAUUAUUUGAAUAAUAACAUUCCUUGAAAAUUGAAAACUGAACAAAAACAAAAAAGCAAUCAACCAACCAAACAAAUCACAAAAUAUGUGAGAAUUGAAAAUAUAUUUAUCAUGAUAAUUAUGUAGCAUAGCAAAAGCGUGAAAUAAAAUUACAAAGAAUUCUGUGAUUUGUACGACGAGA